CCGUGUAAAGCCGGAUACAAAUUGCAUAAAGGCAAAGCAGAUUGCACUGCACUGCACAACAGAACACUGGUUCUAACACUGAAAAAAGGUCUCUCUACAGCAUACACUAGGAAGAAGCAAGGAGAUGGAAGGGAGCAGCAGUCGGACGCCGGAGAUAACCAUCGUCCCGGCGCCUAGGCCGGCGGCGGGGGGCGGCGCCGUGGACGCGGUGAAGGCGGCGACCAAGGAGCCCGUCAGCCCGGGCUCGCCUUCCCCGGCGAGCAGAAAGGAGAGUCAGUCCGUGUCCGUGUCUGUGCCCGGGUGGAAGCUCGACUCCCUCUGCAGGGAGUCCGGCUCGCCGCCGGCCAUGAUGGGGCGCUUCCCCUACUUCUGAAAGCCAGGGGCCCCGGACCUCUUGCUGCUUUUUCUGGCGAUGAGUAGAAAUUCAUGUGUGUACCCUGUAAUCCUUUAUCGUUCGUUCUCGUAGAUGCGCAUCUCACCCGGCGUCUGCUUUGGGCUUCUCUUGUGCGUGGUAUGCUGGUUCAGAGUUCCCGUGUGCCCUACCUGUGUGUAUAUACGGAGUACAAGUUUAAAGAGCAUACUCCUAGUUUGUGCCAGCUCAAAUUGCGUACUC